CGCUUCCGAUUUUAGCGUUAGCAGCAGCAGUGGCUGCAUGUGUUUUGUAUUUAUCUCCUAAUUUACAUGUAAAAUAAGCGAGUUAUUUGUGCUCAGACGCACAGUAUAGUGUGUUUAUUUCACCAAAUAAAGACUCGGAGAAGCUCAGUGAUGAAUUUCGUCUUUCGAAAGUUGCAGGCGUCUUUCACACAGCAGGCGUUUGUGUUCAGCCAAACACUUCCUGUAUGCAGGGCAGCACCUUCAGUCCAGUGUCCCACGUGGGGUGCAGCUUUUGUAAAUGAAAGACAACAUCACAGUAUGCCAACUCACGAGAUUGGCAGGUGGAAACAUCUGAUGAAGAAGAGAGUGCAAAAGAAAAAGAAAGAUCGGUUUCAGAUGAAACCGAUCGUCGCAUCGACGGACUCUGCUUACGGAACUCUGAACGUGCAAGUGUCGGGUUACGACAUGGCGCUGGUGGAGCACUACACCCAAUACAUCCACAACCUGUGCAACCGACUCGGCAUCAACGUCGGAUUGUGCUACGCUUUGCCAACCAAAACCAUGGAGGUCAUGCUGAUGCAAGAGAAGGGCACUAAGAUGUACGUCGAUGCCGUACUAAAGACGCACGAGAGAGUCGUCCAGCUGAGAAGCCUGGACACGAUGUUAUGUCCCAUACUCAUGGACGUCGUUUUGAAGAAUCAACCGGAGGGAGUUAAACUUUCUGUGAAAGAGUUCACAGAGGAGGAUUUCAAAGGCCGUUUCAAGGAGCGUCCAGAGAUGCGGGAGUUGAUGUCUCAAAUUAACUACUAAAAUGUGAGAAGAGUUUCAAACUUCACUUCCCAAAAGGAAACAUGACACAGAUGUUUAAAUGGCCGACCAUUUUGUUUAUUUAUUCCCCAGCGUUCCUCAGGUGAAAUACUGUACUGUACAGCAGACGAUCAUCUGCAUAGACAGUGUCUAUCUGAAUUGUCUAGUUUUCUUUAAUUUAAAAUGUUAAAACAUUAACACUUCUUUUUGAAAAUCCCAAUAAAAUGCACAUUGCCACAUA